AAUGGGUUAGGUGGCAAAGUCAUUUUGAAAAGAUAAAGUGAAAACAGGAAAGGAGUGACAGAUGGUGUGAUGGCAUGAUGAAACGUUAGGGAGAAGAAGGACAAAGCGAUGCCCUAAAAUGAUCUCAUUUACCAUAUUUAGAUGGAGUCUUUAUGUCUCAGAAAAGCUUGUAUACCUGCACAUCUAAACGUGUGUUCCUUACUACAGAAGACCAUGAGUGUGCUGAAGAUAUCGGCCCUCCUUGUCACCUACGCUUUGUUCGUCUGUCAGAUGUACUGCACAAAUGCAGCUCCGGCCAGGCCUGCUGUGGAGUCCUCACAAGAUGACGCUACACUCACCGACUAUGAGGCAAGACGGUUACUAAACGCUAUCAUCAAAGAGUUUGUGCAGAUGACUACGGAAGACCUAGAUCAGGCAGAAACUGAGGAGAACAGUAUUACAGCGCAGAAGAGAGCCUGUAACACAGCCACGUGCGUGACCCACCGCCUCGCGGACUUCCUCAGCCGCUCGGGUGGGACUGGCAAGUUUGUCCCCACCAACGUGGGAUCGCGUGCGUUUGGCCGUCGAAGGAGACUUAUUGAAGAGUAGGACGCCGAACGGCCCUUAGCAAUACGCCCCGCGCCGACUGUGGCCACGAGAGAAAAUCCAUCACAUUUGCGUUGAGAUCCUGCCUGAGAACGGAUAUCCCUCGCCCUCAGAACACACGCCCGCUGGCUGCGCUGACCUGACCCCACCUUCCAACUCUUCAUUCGUCUGCUCUCAGAACCACAAAUGUAUUUAAAAAAGUGUUGCAUCCAUCCAGAUGUGCUGAUUCUCCUUGUUUGACUCGUAUCUGCAGGGGAGGGGAGGUCAGUGGCCCCGUCUCUAUUCCUUCCACAGAGAGCACAGUGUGUCCAGUACGGCUUGGCCCACGUUCUCGCGUGUCUGGGAAACUAAAGCAGCACUCGGAUAAAGGCUUCCCCGAAUAUGGAUUUGUCUCGUGCCUUGAUGUAAACCACUUUACAUGAUGCUAUUGUACAGAAUGUCUGACGCAUAUGAGGGAGGUACAAUCAUUGACUUACGAAUUGUAACAAUUGUGUAUCUGAGCAAGAUUAAAAUGUAUUUUAGGUACAUAA